CUGACGGGGUCUCUCUGUGCCUCCCACCGGCAGCUCUCUGCCACAGCGGCAGCGUACGCAGAGGCGGCGAGACGCAGCUCCCCGGCUCCAUGGGUCGGGGGAGGAGGGAGUCGUUUCUCCCGGAGCAAAGCUCAUCCAGCAGGGCUCCCGCACGGCCCUCAGCCCAGCUCGUUUGAACACUGGAGUUGGAGACUAAUUUCCCCUGUUACUCUGAUGCUGUCAAUUACAUAAUGGUCUGCGUUCAUCGGUCCCAAUCUAGGCCACAAGUUAACAACACAGACAUUUAGAACAAGAGCUCUGUGAAUGUUGGAGACACAGGAGACUGCAGAUGCUGGAACCUGGAGCAACAAACAAACUGCUGGAGGAACUCAGCAGGUGGAAGAAUGUCUGUUUCAGCCGCUGACACUCCCACUUCAGUUUGCUCCAUGUGACGGAAUGAGUGACACACCGUUCCCUUGGCCUGCUCCCUGCAGUCAGCAGUUUACAGAUUGAGGAAAACGCCCACCACCUUCUCCAGGGAGAGUCGUUGGCAUCGCUGGAUGGAAUUUCAGGCUGAAUACGGUGAUUAAAGAUCAUGAGAACAAUGGAUCGGCUCCAUCAGCCCAGCACCAGGGACUAAAUUCAAGACAAAAGCAUAAGCCUCGGUUGCCUGGUGGUUUCCGACAGCAACCCCCAUGUCAGGAUCAGGAAGCAGAAGACCAGCAGCACCACGGAGUCGGGGCCUCCAUGGAAGAAGUGGUUUCUCGUCUCUGUUUAAGUCGGCGUUGACCCCGACGUCGGCACAGCAUGAGAUGCAGCCCCUGCUCCAGCCCUCCAGACGUAGCUCCCCGCCAGUUGGGCCACGAGACAGCUGUGCCACAUCUUCCCUCAGCAGCAGCAGCAACUCUGGCUCCUACAAGGGCAGUGACAGCAGCCCCACACCCAGACGGUCCAGUAAAUACUCCUCCUGCAGUGAAAACCAUGGCAUCAAACCACCAACCCCAGAGCAGUACCUGACCCCACUGCAACAGAAGGAGGUCUGCAUCCGACACCUGAGGGCAAAGCUGAAGGAGACGGAAGAGAAGCUGGAUGAGAGGGGGAGCGAGGUGGAGGACCUGAAGCUACAGCUGGCCAGGAUGCAGGAGGACUGGAUCGAGGAAGAAUGUCACCGAGUGGAGGCUCAGCUGUCGCUGAAGGAGGCCAGGAAGGAGAUCAAGCAGCUGAAGCAGGUGAUCGACACGGUGAAGAACAACCUGGUGGAGAAGGACAAGGGCAUCCAGAAGUACUUCAUUGACAUCAACAUCCAGAACAAGAAGUUGGAGACCCUGCUGCACAGUAUGGAGCUGGCCCAGGACGGAGCCUCUCAGUCCACCUCCGGCUCCCCGGCCAAGUCUCUGACCCGCAGCUCCACCUACACCAAGCUGAGUGAGCAGGCAGGUGACCUCCAGAGCAUCGAGGGGGCUCCGGUCCCCCACUACUCCUCCCUUGCUUCUGGGAUGGACCGUGCAAUGGAGGGACCCAGCUUCACCACGAGGCCCAAACUGUUGCUGGGGCGCGAGGCUGACGGGACUGUCUCCGAGUCCGGGACCCAACGGGUCACCCUUCGGGACCAGAGCGUCCAGACUGACUACUCUCCCCCCGACCCUGACUUGGAGGUCAUCGCUGAGAAGGUGCUGAGGUCCAGCGCUUGCAGCCCGAGCAGCCUCGCCUCGGAAGGGGAGGUCCCAGAGCCACUCCUCGCCCACCAGACUCUCUCGAGCCUCAGCGGUGACCUGGAGACCAGGCUGAUGGAGAGCCGGUCAGCUGCAGAGGUGUUGUCCGGGGCCCCAGGGCGGGCAGUGGUGGAGGAAGCUCGUGGCCAGCUGACCCACUGGAGCCGCUACUACAUCGUGGACCUGCUGGCGGUGACUGUUCCUGCCUUCCCCACCCUGGCCUGGAUCAUCAGCACCCAGCGAGGCAGCUCCCAACCCCUCUACAACAUCGGUGUGCUGCUGCGCAGCUGCUGCAUCAUUGCUCUGCAUUCCUUGCGCCGACUGAGCACCAGCGCACCUUCCCCUCACUGUCCCCAUUUCCCAUGCUAGCCCCUACCUCGCCUCCUUCCAGCCCCCACCCCCCUCAACCCACCAUCGAUCCCCACCCCUCAUGGUCCCUCUCCAUUCUCCCUCAUGGACCUCCCUUACCCUACCCUGCCCCCCUCCCUUGUUCCCUCUCCAGCCCCCUUUCUCCAUUCUAGUCCUCCCACCCAUUCUAUCCCAGCCAUCACCCCCUAUCCCCACUCUUAGCCCCCACCCCCACAUUCCCCAUCCUGGGAUCUCCACCAUCCCCUGUCCAAGCCCCAUCUGCUAGUCUAGAUGCCCCACCAUAAUGCAAGACCCCCUUGACACUCAUCGCUGCCUUCAUCCUCGUACCCACUGACAACAUUCCCCCCCCCACCCCCCCCCCCACACCAUCUGCCCCCUCUCCCCAUCCCCUUUCACCUCCCAGACAGGCAAAGCCUUGCCAUCCCCACCCACUGAUCAGGCUCUUUGUAUCAACAUUAACAGUUCAUUGAUACACACAAAUAUAUAUAAAUAUACAUAAAUAUAUGAUAUAGAGAGAGAUUAAUAAAUAACCUAAGUGAGUGUCAAAAGCCAGGACCUUGUGAUCCAUCGCAUGCCACUGCAGUGCAUCAGAAAACUCCCGCGACCAUUUCCAUCACAGUUCUAAGAAUUCAUUGUUGUUUUUAUUAGUUAAAGACAAAGUAUUGAAGCAAUUUUUAAUACACCUCUGUCAGUAACACAACUACAAAAUGUCACCUUCACUCCAUUAACGCACUUUAUAAUUUGCCGGCUCUUGUUCCCUGUCAGCUGGUACAGAUCUUCAACAAUAGCCCCAAUCAAUGUAUGAUUGCAGGAAAUAGACUAUUAGUUUGUCCAUCUCUUCCCCCUUUAUGUGGUGACAACCUUAUUUAUUUAAUCGAUUCGUCGCAUAUUUGUUUAAAAUGUUAGUUUGUGGUUGCACUGUUUGAGCUUUGCUGUGUUACUUUUUGGAAGUGGAAAAGGAGGAUUUUUGUGCUCCCAGCUGCCAGAUCAGACUUCCUGUGAAUCAUCACUGUGGUAAACUUGCCAAUCUAUUCAUGAAGGGAGAUAGGAUUCCUCCCAACCAUGUUCCUCAGACCCAAACUCAGCCCAAAACAAUCACCAGGCCCCCUCCUUGGAUCUGACUUACAGCCAGUGGUGGAUUAGUGGUGUCUGAUCUUGGGAGUGGUUUGAGGCUUGACGAAGAUCAUGUCUUUUGCAUUGGACCCUUAUCCAGUGUUAAAUCAGUUCGGGUUGCAUUUACUGGGCUUGGGAUUCUUGGGACGUGACACUGUAGAUGCUGGAAUCUGGAGCAGGACGCAAAACGCUGGAGGAACUCAGAGGGUCAGACAGCAUCUGUUGGGGGGGGAAUGGAAUGGACAGUUGACGUUCUGGGUUGAGACCCUUCAUGAAGGGUCAACUGUCCAAUUCCCUUCAUAGAUGCUGCCUGACCCACUGAAUUCCUCCAGCAUUUUGUGUGUGGUCUGCAUUCUUGGGAGGACACAAUAAGUGUUUGAAACUAUUAAAGGAUUUCAUGGAUUAGAUAUCAAAAACUCAUUGGUAGGAAAGUAAGAAUAAGGGGCAGCAACAUAAAAUUAAAAUUGGUCAUUUAAGAGAGAGAUUAGAGGGCAUGUUAAGGACACCUGGAAUGUCCUCCUCCUGUCUGUGAAUUCUGGGGAACAGUUGGAACUUGCAUUGAUGUCAACAUUUAACUGGUGAGAGUCUCAAAGGAUUUGGAGUGGAAUGGUAAACCUGAUUUCUGGUCGAGGUCCCAGGCAGUUUGGAUUGACUUGAAUAGUGGAGCAGGCUCAGAUGGCUCAAAGGCCUCCUCCUCAUCCUCCUUACUUUCCUUAUAGCCAGCAGAAGGGGAAGGAGUGUCCUGGAGUCAGUCUGGGUUGGAUUUGACCUCAGAACCUGAAAUAAAAGACCAUUGUAGACGGGCAUCUCCAGUCAGUAAUGCUGCCGCAAAGUAAUGUCACAAUAGAUGUGGGUUCACCUCCUGAUGUUUUCCUGGGCAUUGCUCCCAGGAAUGUUGCACGGUAUCCUGCCAUUCCCAGUGAAUUCACCACCCUUUAAACUGGUGCUAACAAAUAGAUUUUUUUAAAUACAAUUCUGCCUUGGCCUAUCUUUGGGCCAAGGUCCUGGGAUAAAGAGGGGUGAGAAUCAGUCACAGUGCUGGACCUUACUGAUAUCUACCAACCCUUGGUAACAGGUCAACAUUGGUCAGGGAGCAGGAAGUCAUGAGAUCAUCCAACUUUGACUCCCUCCCCCAGUUCAAUUGAUUGAAACCCUGGUGAUGAUCCAUUCCUUGUUUGGGAGAUUGGGUCGGAGGGCAGGAAUCAUAUAAUUCCUGUGGAAAUGGAUUCAAGAAGGGCUCUUCAGGAAAGGCUAGAAGGACUGGAUUAUCAGACAUUUUACUGAAAUUCUUAAAUAGUGGGGCACUUGUCGAGAGUUUCAGAAGAAAAUGAUAAAUAAUCUAGACAAUGUGAAUGAACUUCAGGUAGAUUCAGAGCGAGAUUCACCAAAGGAUUCUGUGUUCAGGGAAUGUAAAUUAUUUCAAAUUUACAAAACAGAAAAUCUGUUUGUGCAGCAAGUCCUUUUAAUUAGGUAUAGAAUUUUCCAGUGUGUUUAUAAAUGUUCAGAGAAAUCAAUUCACCACAGUUUAAAAUUAGUGCAUUCUCUACAUUUUAACUAUCACAGGGUUAUGUUUUUAAUUCGUUUUGUAGGUUGUGAGAGGGAUGGCAUUUUUGCCCAAUCUCCCAGUUGUCCAUGUUGUUACUGAUAGUAGACCACCUUGAUCCACUGGCAGUCCUUGUGCUGAUGGUGCCAAGUGAUAGGAUGUUGUCCCAAUUCACCAUGAUGUAACAUUGACACUUGCCCAGAUCAGGGUGGCAAUUAGUUUGGAGGGGAUGAUGUGCCCAUAGAUGUUUAAUGAGUUCCUCACUUCUUGUACUCUAUGGGAUGUGCCCGAGUGCUGGGAUCUUCUUUCAUUAACUUGGUGCGAUCUCCUCUGUGCUCUUGCACUGGAGCCUAGAAUACUGGCCAGAAAACAUCAGUGAUUAUCUCUUUUGAUAAUGUCCUUGUUUUGUGUCUGUUUGAGUCUUGUGUGUGUGCGUGAGUACGUUUCUAUGUGUGUGUACACAAGGGAUUGGGCACAAGAGGUUGAAGCUUCCUAUGAAGCAGUCUAACACUGAACCCAUUGCUGUCUGACAGAUGACUGAGGGGCUUCAUCACUUUCUGUUUAUCACUUGUACCACUGACUCUGUAGCAGAGUGAACUGAAAUAAAACACAUGAAACCUCUAGGCUCCUUGUGUAAGUAUUGCAGGAAAACUUCCAGGACAUGUGAAUUGCUGUCAGGAAACACUGGGAUUGUACAAUGGGCCUUCCCUUGGGAGAUGUUAACCCACAGUUCUGGUUCCUCACAUUUGACGCACCAUCCACUGCCACCUUCACCAUUCAGGUCGAGGCUUUCGUAAGGUUUGUCACCAGCCUUGAAGCUAGGAGUUGGCCUGAAAAAAUGUUGUUCUUGAUAAAGUGCUGUUCAUGGGCUCAGGUCCUCUCUGAGCCCUUGAUAACUAAUGUAUAAUGAAAUAUAGCAACCAAUCUACACACAGCUCCCACAAGUAGCAUUGU